UCGAAAUGUAAACAUUUGAAUAGUUCCAACCUGGCAACGUUAUCGAAUAUAUACAUCAACGUGUAUCUUGCAAGUCAAUUAUCUUUGUUUGGUGGAGAAUGUUACAAAGUUCACAUGGAGGUUCUGUACAUGGUGAUCAGGCACUUCUCACAAGAAUUGAUGAUCAAUCACAAUUAAUCACGAUUUUGAAGAAGAGAGCAGACGAAGCAUGCCAGAGAGUCCAGUGUUUAGAGUCACUGGUGAAGGAGCUGCGGAUAGAGAAGCAGCAGCUGGAGACUCGGAUGCGGGACGAGGUUGCCAAAGUGGGCAUGCUGGAGAAACGCUUCCAUCAGCUGGCGAGCAACCAUGAGGAGUUGAUCACCAUCAAGGAUGAGUACAAAGCCAGCAAUGAGGAAAUUAGAAAGGAGAAUGUGCAGCUGUUGGAAGAAAACACCAAGCUGUUCUCUACAGCAGUCAUGGAGAGAGAUGGACAACUCCUUGCAUUACGUGGAGAAUUCCAGUCACUCGAGACCAAAUAUAAUGAGAUUUGUAAAAGCAAUAGUGAGCUGCAUAGUCAACUAACAGCAACAGAUUGCAACAGUCAACAUCAGAUUGGUGAUCUGAGCAGCAAGCUGAAAAAAGCUCAAGAGGAUAUCGAAAAUGCUGUAUCUCAGCUUGACCUCAGAUCAGAGAGCCACCGGGAGUGCCAAGAUUCCCUUAAAAAGAAUAUUGCUGACCUCACACACGAGAAAGAAGAGCUCUUGGAUCUUGCUGUCCACAGAGGAAAACUACUGCAGGAGAAGCAAGAUGAUAUCAAAGAACUGAAAACCAAGUUUGCUACAUCAGAGAAAAAAACAGAGGCUUUAGCCCUAAAAUUUGAGAGAGAAGCAGAGGCAGUUUUAAAGGAUAUCCAGGUACAGAAAUUGAAGCAAGGCUUGGAACAAACACAGAAGGAUUUUGAGGCUUACAAGGUGCAUGCGAGCCAUUUGCUAGCUAAGCAACAAGAGUUGAAUGGCAAGCUGCGGCACAUGAUUGGGUAAAAGGAAUGAAUUGCCUCCCGUGUCCUCAGGAAUGACGUCUUUCCAGUGUCCAUGAUAAGUGUGCUAGUCUUUUAUAGCCUCGUCUACACGACGAACCUUAACUCGAGUUAAGCGUCUACACGGGGCCUUAACUCGAGUUAGCUUAAC